GAUUAAAUUCUUUUACUUUAGAUCACUUCACAUUCUUACAGAAAAUGUGUCAAAAAAUAAGUAUGAUGUCAUAGUUUGGGCAUUGCCUUCUAGUUUAAUGGGUUGUAAAGUAGAACAUGGAUAAAAUGGACCACCGAUCACCUCUGGACAACAUAUUUAAUAUAAUUGGAGGAUUGCCACAAGGGCAUGAUAAACCCAUCAAGCAUGCCUUGUAUAAUUCAUUGGCUUUAUUCCUGCUAUUCAUAUGUUGUGCAGCUUUGGGUUUCUUGUAUUUGAUACUAGAGCCUUUCAUUAAGCCAUUGAUGUGGGCACUCCUGGUUGGUUCUGUAUUGCAUCCCAUUAAGUACACCUUAGCCCAAAAGUUCAAAUCUUGGUUUGAUACUUUAGAUGAAUCAAGGACUCCAAUUGUAAUAGGAAUAUUCUUCAUACCUAUUAAUAUUAUCAAUGAUAUAUCCGAGUUUAUUGGUUGUACCUUAGUCAAACACUGGAAAUUGCUUUUAGCCAUAGGAAUUUCUGCAGUCUCUCUACAUUUACUAUAUUUUUACACCCCAACAGUAUUUGUCAGCAUUUUCUACAAUUGGUGGAUAUUAACUGAGAUCAUCAUAAGCUUCUUCAUUUCCAAUUUGUCAACAACACUGGUGAUAUUAAUUUUGCUUGCAUAUAUUUCUGUUUUGGUUUCAAUGUGGAAACCAGAGAAUAACAAGAAAUUCCAUUAUGCAUCUAUGAUGGUGUGGCUUGUAUUAUCAUUAUUUAUUGCCAAACAGUUUGGAGCGUUUCAAAUUCCAAUUUUCAUAUUAUUACAAGGAAUCUUGCUUGGUGGACUAGUCUUUGAAAUCAUGGACAUACAAGAACAAUUACGUUUAUCUGAAUCAGAUUCCUCAAUAUUCAGUGCUAUUAAAUUUGCCAUACAUGGCAAAGAAAAAGAAGACAUCAAACUAGAAUUACAGGAUAAAGGAAAUGGUGAAGAAAAUACUGAAACAAUGCAAGAAGAGGUAAAUAAGGAAGAAAAUAUUUUGGAUGAACCAGAAAUAAGGAAGGAUCCAUGGUCAUUGGAUUUGUUUGAUGAGGCUUCAAAAAGUAGAUUGAAAAAUACAAAUGUAUUGAUAGUGGAUAAGGGCAGGGUACAAAUGAUUAAAAAACCAGCGGUUUUCGAAUCUCCUGCAAAAGUCCGACGAUCAUUUUCUCAGCCCUCUGUACCAGGUUUAAAUUUGAAGAAUAAAGUGGGUCUUUUAUCAUGGAGGAAGAGAUCCAGUAGAACGUUCAAAGUACAAAAUGGAGAAUACGCAAGUGAUUUUUAUAUUUGCUCUCUUCUAUGGGGAUGCGCAAUAGUUUUCUUUUGGAAGAAUCUUAUGUUAGUGCCUAUAUUGUGCAUACCGAUAGCAAUUUACUUUAUUAAGCGUUGCGGUGCUUAUUUAGGUAUUUGGAGCAUGCUUUAUACGCAUGGAGCUAAUUUUCUUUGCAAAGUAACAAAUUGGUGUCAUGAGAGGAAUGACGCUAUAAUACCUGUACCGAUACGUGGACUAUAUAGAAUUGUUUAUAAAGCCAAUCAGUUUAUUAAGAAAAAUGUUAAAGAAAGCAUAGAUACUGUGUCAAGUUGCGUUGUCAUAUUAGGAUUAUUGGUAUUUGUUUUAUGCGCUUCGAUUUUCAUAUGUGUUCAAGUUUAUGCAGAGGCUAUAACUGUUGUUCAAAUCUCUAGCAAUGUAAUUAAUCAAACGGUAGUACAUAAUCCAGAAUUAAGACAACUUCUACCACCGGCUUUUGAAAACACCGUAGACUCUUUGUUGGAUAACGCGUAUCAAUAUGGAAGGGAAGGAAUAUCGAAGGGUGUCAAAAGCAUGAUGAGCGGAGUGGAUCCGAGUAAAUCAGAGAAACUGGAACAGCAGGUGUUGGAACUGUGGGAUAGAAUCUAUCAAGCCUGGAUGAAUUCGGACAGUGACCAAAGUCACGGACCAAAAGUUACGUCUGACGCAGUGCAGAAGACUUGGAACAAUUUCAUCGACGACCUACAAAAGUCUCCAGAGAUGUUCAAUAUAAGUGGCCUAAUGUCGUUUGUGAAUCAAAAUGUGGGGACGCUUAUAUCCCUAUUAGAUUCUAUUUGGUCCAUUGUCAAAGGGAAUAUAAGCCUUGUCCUGGGAUCAUUCAGUGCUAUAGUUUCGGUUCUAUUGGGCGGCGGUACAGCGGUACUAAACUUUAUAUUAAAUGUGAUUAUAUUUUUAACUACGCUUUUCUAUUUGUUGAGCUCGAGUGGAGAGUUAUACAAGCCAGUGGAGUUAAUGACACAAUUUUCUUCUAAUGGAAAUCGUUUAGGAUUAGCAUUGGGCGAUGCCAUUAAUGGCGUAUUUACAGCUUCAUUUAAGAUGGCUACCUUCUAUGGUUUAUGGACAUGGUUUAUUCACAACCUGUUCAAUGUCAAAAUUGUCUACUUGCCUUCCGCUGUUGCCGCCAUAUUAGGAGCUGCCCCGUUUCUAGGAACUUACUGGGCUUGCAUUCCAGCCGUAUUUGAUUUGUGGUUAGCACAAGAGAAAGGUUUACAAGCGAUUCUAUUUGCUGCCGUCCAAUUUGUCCCAAUGUCCAUUGUAGAUGCUACUAUCUACGCGGAGAUGAAAGGAGGACAUCCUUAUCUGACGGGUCUCGCAAUAGCAGGUGGAAUUUUUUGCUUGGGUCUGGAAGGAGCCAUCAUUGGUCCAUUGAUUCUGUGCGGCUUGUAUGUGGCGAUGGAUUUAUCAACGACCCUUUUCAAGGACUCUCCAUCAGAAGAAACUAUUAAUCUUCAAGAUCUUUCUAGGUUACAUCUAAGUAACUAACUUUUGGAACUUACUAACUGCACGUUUCUCCUAUCGAAUAUACUCACAUUGCAAUUGAUACCUUCUCAAUGACACCUUUUAUAUAUUUUUGAAGCUUUACAUGUUUUUGUUAAAUAAUUUUGUAAUUGCUGUUUGCAAACAAAUAAAGCAUUUAAUAGUGUUGCAAAA